CCCCAGGCUGUGCUGUCCCUCGCACCUUGCCUCAGUUGCCCUUGAUCUGCCAUAACUCAGUUGGUCUCUGCAGCAUCCACAGGCCUGUGGGGAGCGGUGGAAGCUUUUGAGGAGCCAGACUGUCUGCUAGCGGCGUCCCCUGUCCGCCCCCUUUUCUCUUUCUAUUGCCACCGAGGCACAGGCCGAGGCGCAGCUCCCGUAGCUGUGGUGAGCCCCCCGCCCCUUUCCUCUCACGCCCACCAUGAAGUUUUCCUUGCGCUUCUGGUUCCUGUCCACAGCUUUUCUGCUCAUCUUUAUCAUGUCGCUGCUUUUCACCUACUCCCACCACAGCACUGCCUACCUGGACGCCAGCGGGCUGUACGGCAUCCACAGGGUGAAGUUGGUGCCGAGCUAUGCUGGCAUGCAGCGCCUCAGCCAGGGGAGCCUCCUUGUGAGGAGCUGCACUUGCCACAGAUGCACCGUGGAUCUGAGCGACUCUGAGUGGUUUGACAGCCGCUAUGACAGGAACAUCUCCCCGGUGUGGACCAGAGAGAACAUGGACUUGCCGCUGGAUGUCCAGAGGUGGUGGAUGAUGCUGCAGCCCCAGUUCAAGUCCCACAACCUCCAGGAGGUCCUGAGCAAGCUCUUCCAGAUUGUCCCGGGAGAGAAUCCCUACAGCUCCCGGGCUGCCCAGCUGUGCCGGCGCUGUGCUGUGGUGGGCAACUCAGGCAACCUGCAAGGCUCUGGCUACGGCCAAGAAAUCAACGGGCAUGACUUCGUCAUGAGAAUCAACCAGGCGCCCACCGUGGGCUUUGAGGCAGAUGUUGGGAGCAGGACAACCCACCACUUCAUGUACCCAGAAAGUGCCAAGAACCUUCCGGCCAACGUCAGCUUUGUCCUCGUGCCCUUCAAAGCUCUGGACCUGCUAUGGAUUGCAAGCGCCCUGUCAACGGGCCAGAUCCGGUUCACAUAUGCUCCUGUGAAGCCCUUCCUUCGGGUGGACAAAGAGAAGGUUCAAAUCUAUAAUCCAGCUUUCUUCAAAUACAUCCAUGACCGAUGGACAGAGCAUCACGGGCGCUACCCAUCUACAGGAAUGCUGGUGCUGUUCUUUGCUUUACACGUUUGUGAUGAGGUGAAUGUCUUUGGCUUCGGGGCAGACAGCCGUGGCAACUGGCACCAUUACUGGGAGAACAAUCGCUAUGCGGGGGAGUUCCGGAAAACUGGGGUGCACGACGCCGAUUUUGAAGCCCACAUCAUUGACAUGCUGGAGAAAACGAGCAAGAUUGAUGUUUAUCGUGGCAACUGACCCUUCCAGCUCCAUUUUCCAGCCUUCCGGGGCUUUGCUUCCCAUAGGGGAUGGUCUGAGGGCUUGAUUUUUUCUGCACCUCAAUGGACAAAUGGGAUGCACUGAUUUUGAAAGCAAUUCAGCAGAAAGCUCUUCUUCAAAGGGAGGGGUGCAGGUCCCUGCAUCAAGAGGAUUUAGAAAUGAAACAAAUGUACUCAUGUUGUGAGUGUCCAGCGAUCCAGCUGUGGCCCUGUCUGGUGGGGAAAGCCCACAUGCUGCACCUUUUCUUUCUCCGAAUGAGAGAAGCAGGAGCGGUCAGAACAGCCAGCCAGACCCAAAGGGGAGCCAAAGACCAGCAGCUGCUGGCCCAGGGUCUUCUGUUCUUUCCCCAGUUCUCCAACAGCUGCCAUUCUUGGUCUGCCAGCAAGCCUGAGCCCUGGCUUAGUACUAAGAAUGAGGCGCUUUGGGGAGAGCUCCUUUAAAGCUCCAGCUAGGACUGCUAGAGGAAGUGCUUGAAUCUUGAUAGACUCUUUUUUUCAAAACAACAAUCAACUUUUCUUUGAUAAUUGCUUCCUGCUUUCGCCCAAGGAAGCUCCUUUUGUCCAAUCAGGUUUAAAAUGUGGAGUGGCAGGAUUAUAUUUCUUGUUACAAUCAUGUAGACUCCAGAGGAUUCCACUUGCAGGCCUUCGGAGGGGAGGCCUUGCGCACUGAGCGGAGCCUGUUGAGGACUCCUGCAACACGCGGACUCUGUCUGGAUCUUUGGGUGGGGGGCGGGGGGAGGGAGGGACGUCUGGAUGCCAGCAGCUGGCCCGUGGCAAUGCUGGCUGUGCUAAAGAGUGAAGGGUGGGCGUUCCCCUCUUGUUCUAAGAGCUAGCAGGAAGAGGCCACGCCAAAGGCGCCCAGCUUUUCUGAACCUGUGACUUCAGCCCUUCUCUCUUCUCUCUUCCCUCUUAUUCCUGCCCACAACAAAACCAUCCUGAGUUGUGGCAAACAAUCCCUUGUUAGCCCAGAUUCAAAGCAGGGUAUGCGUGUCCCUAUUCUACCUCCACUGUUCUGCCCUGCGCCUUUACUCACAUUGUUCUGUCGAAGGGAGGGCUGCCAGGAGGGGGGAUCUCCAACCUGAGCGGAGGGCGGCAGGUUGCCUUCGGAUAUUGCCCCACCCCAAACCCCUCCCCAGUGGAACGGUGCAGAGCCACGCCUCUGCUGUCUGUAGCUGAGAGGUGAUGUUGAAGGUGGGAGGCCAAGGCUACAUUGUGGGGGGUGGGGAGCUGAUCCAUUCUUUCUGGCUUUGAGUUCUUGUCGCGGAAGGGGGCAAUCACCGUGGCUGCUGAAAAUCAGAUGUGGAGCAGCCUGAUUCGGAGGAAAUUUAUUCAUUC